AUGGACGUGGCAUAUAAUCAGCAUUCGCCAUACUCGAGGCAUCAUGCCUCCCGCUCUCAUACAAACCUCAAUCACCUCACUCUGGCACCCUUAACUUCCCGCCUUCCCCUCUCUGACCCAGAUGCUCUACCAUCCGACAUGAACUCAUACUCGUAUAUCGAAGGACGCUCCGCUCCUACCACACCCUCAAUACUCUCCCGAUCCUCCUCACGGGUGUCAAUGCGAAGACCAAACAACAUCUCAAUCCCAAAAAGCAAAUCCAGCACGAACUUCCUCGCUGCGAAACAGCCGAGGUCUACUGCCACUACGCCAGGUGGGACAAAGUUGAAGAAGGGUGUGGUACGAGACGCUGAGGAGUUGAAACCGUUUUCCGAAUUGGACAGGAAUGAUUCGGAUUGGAUGUUACGCGCUGGAGCUACCCUGGCUGCCUCUGCGAGAGAAGCAAAAGGUCAAGACUGGUUGGCAUCAAGAGCUAGUUCGACAAGUUUGACGGCACAGAAGGAUGAGGAUGAUGAGAACAGGGAAGCUGAGAUGGCACGAGAAAGAGCGCGGCAAAGUAGGAGAGGGAGUACGGCUGGGGCUUUUGACGCAGAUGAUGAAUUCUCGCCAGUAACCACAAGGAGAAGUUUUAGUUUCGGUCCUAACAGUCGGCCGGCCAGUCGCUUUCCUAGCAGAGCUGGGAGUAGAAGAGGGAGUCGAGCACAUAUGUUCACACCGUUGCCUAUGGAGAAAGAGGGUUAUUUCGACCUGGGAGACGGUGUACAAGAGGAGUUUCUUGCCGAACCAGACUUUGUUGAUGUUGAAGAAGAAGGAUUCGAGAAUGAAGAAGAUGCGAAAAACGACGAGGCAGUCGUCAAGAAGCUUGCUGGAGCAAGGAGCACUGGUCUUGGUGGUUGGGUGGAACGGAUGCUGGGCUGGAAUCUGUUCGCUGUGGACGAAGAUGGAGAGGAGACGGAAACAGAUACUGUUAAUGAGAAGGCGGAGGAUUCUGAGAUAUCUUCUAGAGCGUCAAAACGGAAUCUCGAAAGGACUGAGGAGCCUGAAGAUGCAAUGCCUCCACUUCGAGACGAUGAAGUAGGAGGUUGGCAGGAUGCUGCGUGGCUUUUAAGCGUUGCUACCAAAGUGUUAUUAUGA